UCCCAACUAGAAGUUUUUUGCUCGGCAGUUGGUAAGCUGUUCUACUUCAACAACGUCUUUGUUGCGAACCAUAUUCGUCUACAUUCAUCCAUCUCAAUUGAUGACUUUGUGAUUUUCUGGUGUCAGUCGUUCAAGUUAAAUGGGGCAGAAUCAAUCAGGCACAGGAGGUACGGGUGGAGACAAGAAAGAUGACAAAGACAAAAAGAAGAAGUACGAACCUCCAAUCCCUACGCGAGUAGGUAAGAAGAAGCGGCGUACAAAGGGGCCAGAUGCUGCGACAAAGCUACCGCAAGUUACUCCGCACACCAGAUGUCGUCUGAAGCUUCUAAAAUAUGAGCGAAUUAAAGAUUACCUUCUAAUGGAAGAGGAAUUUAUUAGGAAUCAAGAACGACUCAAGCCUCAAGAAGAAAAGAAUGAGGAGGAAAGAUCUAAGGUCGACGAUCUGAGAGGGACACCCAUGUCUGUGGGAACAUUGGAGGAAAUAAUAGACGACAACCAUGCUAUUGUUUCUACCUCUGUGGGAUCAGAACAUUAUGUGUCCAUAUUAUCAUUUGUUGAUAAAGAUCAACUCGAACCAGGGUGCUCCGUUCUGUUGAAUCACAAAGUUCAUGCAGUUGUUGGUGUUCUUGGAGAUGAUACAGACCCUAUGGUAACUGUGAUGAAGCUGGAAAAAGCACCUCAAGAAACGUAUGCGGAUAUCGGAGGUCUGGAUACACAAAUUCAGGAAAUCAAAGAAUCUGUCGAGUUACCUCUGACACAUCCAGAAUACUAUGAGGAAAUGGGAAUCAAGCCUCCGAAGGGUGUGAUACUCUAUGGUUUGCCUGGGACUGGUAAAACUCUGCUGGCUAAAGCUGUGGCUAAUCAAACUUCAGCUACUUUCUUGCGUGUGGUUGGUUCAGAGCUGAUUCAGAAGUAUCUAGGAGAUGGUCCAAAGCUCGUUCGAGAGUUGUUUAGAGUAGCUGAAGAGCAUGCACCAUCCAUAGUAUUUAUAGACGAAAUUGAUGCAGUUGGAACUAAGCGAUACGACAGCAAUAGUGGAGGAGAGAGAGAAAUCCAACGCACUAUGCUUGAGCUGCUUAAUCAGCUCGAUGGUUUCGAUAGUCGUGGUGAUGUCAAGGUGGUCAUGGCCACUAAUAGAAUUGAGACUCUGGACCCGGCAUUAAUCCGACCUGGGCGUAUUGACAGGAAAAUCGAGUUCCCGCUUCCAGAUGAGAAAACUAAGAGGAGAAUAUUUAGCAUUCACACGAGUAGAAUGACUUUAGCACCAGAUGUGAAUCUAGCAGAUCUCAUUAUGGCAAAAGAUGAUCUCUCUGGCGCAGAUAUAAAGGCGAUUUGCACUGAGGCUGGUCUAAUGGCUCUGCGAGAACGUCGCAUGAAAGUAACCAGUGAUGAUUUCAAAAAAUCAAAGGAAAGUGUGCUGUAUCGUAAGAAGGAGGGUUCCCCUGAAGGAUUAUAUUUAUAAGAUAAUCUGUCAUUCAUGUUCACAUGUAUUUUUUAUUUAUCGUGAUAUAAAAAAACCCACGAGAUUUGAAUGAAUAAAAUUUCGGUAAACCGAG